GGUUGCGGCAAGCAUCCCGCACACACGACGCGCGACUCCGAGAACACCACUUCUCUCUUCAGCUCACGGUUUGCAAUGAUACGCUACUUUUCCGUAUGCUAUCUUGCAUAUGUACUGUUUGCAAGCCUCCCAUGCGUCCUCGGUAAAGCGGACACGACGGUGAACAACAAAACGAUUGACCGAACCAUACAGCUUCGUACACAUUCAAUAUUUCCUCCAUACAUCGAUCAAGACCUACAAAAUCGUUGGUGGGAUUUUGGUGCAGAUGCAUAUAUUAACACCAACAAACAUAUUCGUCUGGCGCGUGCUCGGCCGUCUCAAAUGGGAUGGCUCUGGUCACGCAUGCCACUCACUGCUUCCAAUUUUAUUAUUGAGGUAGAAUUUAAAAUCACUGGUGAAUCAACACACCUCUACGGAGAUGGGAUGGCUAUCUGGCUCACAAAGGACCGAGCUGAACCAGGCCCUGUCUUCGGCAGUAAAGAUAACUUUGAAGGGCUUGGUAUCUUUUUGGACACUUAUGCAAACUCCCGGCAUCCGUAUGGCUUUCCCCGCGUUAUUGCAAUGUUGGGGGAUGGCCAGACGUCCUACGACCAAGCGCAUGAUGGUGAAGCUAACAGCAUAGGCUCGUGUUCAGCCAAUUUCCGUCGUACGAACGUGAUCACAAAGCUUAAAAUCACCUACGUGAAGGAUACCUAUCUUGAUGUAAAGGUCCACUAUCGAGCCUGGGAUGACUGGUCUGACUGUUUCCGCCUUACGGGCACAAGUCUUCCUUCCGCUCCAUACAUCGGCAUCACCGCGAUGACAGGCGAAGUAUAUGAUUCGCAUGAUGUCAUUUCCGUGACGACAUGGUCGGCAAUUCUGUCGGCCUCUGAUGCGCAGCGCAACAGGUUUGGCGGCGGCAGCGGGAGGGGCGCGUCUUUGAGCAAGCCUAAGUCGACAGGCGGCUCGUUGCUCGCCUUCAUCUUCAAAUUGCUGCUCUUUGUGGCCGUUUGUGUAGGUGCUUCAUAUGGGUAUAAAACCUACACGCUUAAUAAGACGAGGGGUUACGGAGGUUCUCCAUUUGGGGGCUUGGGUUACGAGAGCCGGAGGCGGUUCUGAUGGAUUAUGUCGAGCUCAUGUACAUUCAGACUUCAUUCAAUGAAAUCACCGGGGGAGAUGGGUUUGCAGAUCUUGCGGACCAGAUUUUGAUUCCAUCAA